UCAAACACUGCACAUUCGCCCCUCCCUAGCUGCGAGAGCUGAUUUCUGCACAGUGUGCAUGGUGUAGAUUGGGCCCUGUCUUCUACCCAAUGCUCCCUUGGCCUCAGCAGAGAGCCUGCCCUGUGUCCCUUUGCAGGCAACAGCAGGAAAACCGUAACACAUCAUGAAAAUACUGCCCUACAUAGAGGACAGGUACAAGACUGGACAGGUACAAGACUGGGCUUUCUGAUAAAUGUGCAGAUUUUGGUAUGUGAUGUCAAACAAGUAGGCAGUCCUCUGUCGCCUCCCCCGCACUGUUGAAACAUCAUGUGCCAGUAUGAAUAUUAACACAGACGUGCACACAUCCGUGCUCUGCAACCAAAGAAGAGAAGAAGAGAAACUAAGCGUUUGGCAUCAGUGAAUGGACUGCUUGCAAAACUCGGUCUAACUUCUGUGGAGAAUAAUUCCUGUUUCUGCUGUUGAAAAAGAGCUGAACGGAUACCAGAUCUCCUCCUUUCCCCUAUUUAAACUGGUAUCUUCCUUUUUUGCUUUGGAUUUUAGGCUUUGAGCUGCAGUGGACCCAAGCGCUGGACACCAAUAUGUGUCAUGUCAUUGUCACUUGCCGCUCAAUGCUGUGGACCCUCCUGAGUAUCGUUGUGGCAUUUGCAGAGCUCAUAGCCUUCAUGAGUGCUGACUGGCUGAUCGGCAAGGCAAAGCCUGGGCGCUCUGAGGACAUGGACAACAGGACAGGAAGGUCACAGGAACCCUAUCGUCCAACUCUGGGGAUCUAUGGGCGGUGUAUCAGACUCCCGCACGUUCAGUCUUCCUUGCCAGACACACUUUGUGGCCCUUAUGCAGAGAACUUCCAGGAAAUUGCCAGUGGUUUCUGGCAGGCCACUGCUAUUUUUCUUGCCAUGGGGAUCCUGAUCCUUUGUGCUGUCGCUUUUGUAUCUGUUUUCACCAUGUGUGUACAGAGUAUUAUGAAGAAAAGUAUUUUUAAUGUUUGUGGGCUGCUACAAGGAAUUGCAGGUCUGUUCCUUAUCCUGGGAUUGAUCUUGUACCCUGCUGGGUGGGGCUGUCAGAAGGCAAUAAGCUAUUGUGGACCUUACGCUUCUGCUUAUAAACUUGGUGACUGUUCUCUGGGCUGGGCCUUCUACACUGCCAUUGGUGGAACCAUCCUGACAUUCAUCUGUGCCGUCUUUUCUGCCCAAGCUGAAAUUGCAACCUCUAGUGAUAAAGUACAGGAGGAAAUAGAAGAGGGGAAAAGCCUUAUCUGCCUCCUUUAAUUAUCCAAGAAAACCUUUUCACAUCUCAGAAAAAAUGUUUUCAUAGUGGCUUCGUAGGUGGACUCCUGUGGGAAGCAAUGGAGCCCCACAAGUCUUUUGGAGAUCAAGCAUUUGAAUGUUACUUGAGGGACACUGGGGACUACAGGCAGCAUAAGAAAAUGUUAAUGGUGAGAAUUAUGGCACUUGAGUACACCAGCAAGCCGACACAAGAGCGUACCUGUUGGCUUCACAUUUCCAUGAAUAGUGCCUAUUGUGGAAGCAACCAGUUCCUACUUUAGGUUCACCAGCAUGAAGGAUUGUGAAGGAAUCCUUUGAAGGAUAAUGUUUCAUAUAAGUCACUAUGGUUCUGCUAUGGACAUACGAUGAUAGAAUCAGGCUGCAGCUUGAAGAGUUUUAGGCAUCACAUUGGUACCAUCCUCCAUUUACUUUUUUCAGAAAGCAUGGGAAAGACAUUGAAAAGCACAACAACUUAAUUUGUAUGCAACAGCACAUUGGAAGAAUGUGUUUAGGAACCAUGCAGGAAGUCCAGGUGAAGCUGGUAGGAAAGUGAUUUUCAGGCGUCUAUAAGAAGUAGAUUGCCCAGUGAAAAUGUGAGGCACAGAGCGACAGCCCAAACCAAGUACAAAUAUAUGGUGGCAGCCAGAGUUUAAGCUAAAUUACUUUGGUUUCUUAGAACAGGCAAGUACUCCUGUUGUAUGAUUGGUUUAUCUGUAUAAUUGUAGAUAGCUAAAGGAAGUCUUAGGAUCAAGAGUACAUAGUACUGAAUCCAUGAAGGUAUACCUUUAAGAGGACAUGUAGGCCUUAUUGACCUUCAGGAACAGUACCAAGCACAGAUAAUAUUGGUGCUCAUAGAGUACCAUCAACUGCCUCAUCUUCCGUUCAAGUGCAGACUGCCACUGUGCCUAAAGCAGCCACGUUAUCAGCUAAUGGCAAAUUAUAUUAAGGUCUGAGUCUUUUGAAAGAUCUUUUAAAAGUUAUAUUACAUGUAUAGGAAAUGCUGAUGAUUGUAGUGUUCAAUAAGUGAUCCUUUCCCAUUAGGCAGUUAAUGUAUUUAUGUAAUUGUUCCACAACACUUCUUUUGGGGGGGGGUGGGACCACAGUAAAAUAACAUAACAGUGUGCUACAGUAAUGGAUGUACAAGAAAAAUGAAGGGAUAAGUAAUGGCUAAUAUCCAGACAUUCAAGUAUUAGAUUAGUCCUACUAAUAUUUUAUAUUGUACAUUUUGGUAGGCAGGAAAAACACAGCAGUUGGGAGGUUAAGAUGCUAGAUUAAAAUGCUAUCAAACCACUAAUGAUAACCACUUAUUUCUACCAUUUCUUCUAAAAUUUUAAAUAUUGAAAAUUCCAGUGAAAAGGAAAGUAAUUUACUGUCUAAACUCAAACUCAGGAUUAUUGUGUGUGGCUGCUGCUUCUUUAACCACUGCUAUAAGUACUCCAACAAGGCACCUGUGAAUGAACAAAUCACAAUUACGCACAUAUAUUUUUUGUGGGUUAUUGCCAUCUAUAGUGAUAUGCUGAGUACCAGCAACACGACUGGUAUCAAAACUAUGAAGUGUGAUUUUGGUAGUAGUCAAUAAGGUAGUAGGCAGUAAGGUAGUCUUCAUGCUACAGUGAGUCUACCGAACCAACCCCACCUAACCUGGAAAUUCAGCAGAUUGUCUUGCUGUUUACAGAAAGUGGAGAAUAAAUAGUGAUACAAGCCAUAUGCAGCCUACUUUGUAUGGCCAAGUACUUAACAAGCGUUAGCCCCAGGUAGGCACCAAUGAUUGAGUGAGGCCCCGAAGGCUAUUAAAUAUGGUUGGGCUGAUGGGCACCAACAUGGCCCGGUUUAAGAAAUUAGCCAAAAUCAGAAUGGAUAAAGCUAUCAAUGGCUACUUGCCAUGAUGGCUAUACAUUAUUUUCUGUAUUGGGGCAGUAUGCUUCUAUAAUGCAGUUGCUGCAGAAAACAAGAAGCUACCGUUUCCCUUGGGUUCUAUCUGAGGAUUUCCCAUUGGCAUCUGGUUGGCUACUGUAGAAACAGAAUGCUGAGUUAGGCCUGAUCCAACAUGGCUUUUCUUAAGUUCUCUCAUUGUAUAACAUGCUGGAUUGUUCCACUGUGGAGUCCAACUUAGUACACAUGGAGUGUCUACACUGAUGUUAUUUGUUCUCCUUGUUGGUACUACAACAUAAAACCUUUUAUGCUUGAGGUUAGAGUAAAACCAGUUUUUUUUAAAGGAGCAGAAUCCUUUUUAGCUUCAUUAUGGACAUAGGGCUAGUCCAAUGUUUACAUUCAGAAGUGCCAAAUUAAUUACAGGAUAUAAUUUUACCACAAUGCAGACAGGGAAAGUGCUCUUAUAAAAAUAUUGCUAUAACAAUAUGACCAGGAUUGUGUUGCAUGCUUAUACCUGGUCUGAAGAUGCACAUCAUUUCCAAAGUUUUCUUUAAAAAAUGCAAACCAGCCAAUCCCAGUUGCUCUUUAAACACCCAUCUCUCAAAAAGCUAUUUAGUUCUUAACCACAGCAGCAGCUUAAAAGAAAAACAGCUUUGGAUAGCAUAUUCCCCCUUUCUGCACAUUUCUGUUUAAGAUGCUUUUGCACAUAACUUCCAUACUGCUUGAAAAGCACUUUAGGAGUCCUGUGACAGCUUUUGGAAGUGAAAACUAGGGAGGAAAUUGUGUGUUCACACCUCUGGAUUCCAGUUUGCAUCAGGGAGAAAAGAUUUCCUUUCCUCGAAAACAAUUGCCAGUCUAUUACAAACAAUUCCCAGCAUGGAAUUACAGGUGGUAAAACCACCAUUUAAGGACUUUGCUGAAUCAGAAAUGACUGUAUGAGUCUGCCCAGAGAGAGAGAGAGAAACACAGAAGUUGACACAAUAGCUUUCAUGGAAUAGAAUAAUAAUAGGGCUCUUAAGUGUCUUUUAAGCAAUUGGCUGACCCAGCAAAGUAUUCCUUUAAGUAGUUGGUUUUCUAUACUUCCAUCUGUUGCUUUUCCUUUUUGGUCAGGGCUCCAAGGUGAGCAUUCCAUCGUUACACAAUAUAUUGUGGUCUGAAACAUUUAGAUAAAUAAUUAAGUCCAUGAAAAAAAUUGAAGUGCCCUCAAUUCACUGAUGCUGCUGUAAUGAACAAGGUCCACUUUACAGAUACAUUCCUCCUCCUUUGAGAAAGUCUAAUACUAGUAACAGGGAUGGGUAACAUGCAGUCCUUCGGCUGUUGCUGGACUGCAGCUUUUAUCAGCCUUGCAAACAUGAUCAAUGCUAAGGGAUGAUAGGAGAUAGUGUCUAACAUUUGGAGGGCUAAAUGUUUCCUGUCCCUGACCAAACAGAUUAUGCUUGCUGCAACACAUUAAUCCAGCAUACCAAAGCUAAUUGAAUUAUUGAUAAUCAUUUUAUUUGAUUAUGUUGAUCUAAAUCGAGAUUUCUUUAAGUUAGGGAACAGACCUCCCCCAAUACAUUGAAAUCCAAUAUGCUAAUAGAAAUUUUAGCUACUAUUAAAGUCAAGAUUUAGUUCACUAUAAACUCCUAUGUCCUAAUUACAGUGGGUUGGCUCUGAAGAAAAACACAUUUUUAUGAGAUUGACAGAGGCUGAGUGCCCUUCACCUCAGCAGCCCCAGCUACUAAAAUCUCUUCCAAGAUUCAAGGACACCCUUCCCACACACACAAUCAGAUAAAUUGGAAGAGGUGUUUCAGGAGGCUGCCAGGAGAGGAGGCAGAGAAGGCACUUUCCAUCCAUUUUCCUUUGGAUCCAUCCUAUUAUCUUUGAAUGUUUUUCAACAGGAAGCAUGAAAUUUCUAAAGUAAACUGAAAGCCCGUAAUUUAGGAAGCAUGUGCACAUGUAACUGAGGCCCUGGUAAAUGUUAGCAUAUAAGGUAAAAAUAGACUUAAUUUGUUUUCUCAAGUUGCCACUUUACUGAAAUUCUAUUACAUCACCACCUAAUGCAUCAAACAUAACUUGUUACAAUCCUAUGGCUUAAACACAGCCCAGUUUCAGAAUCAGUUCAUGAACAGAGUAUACAUCAUGCUUUGAAGGGAUUACAGAGUUUUUAAAAACAUUUGUACCUAUUUUUUAUCAACAACUGCAUGUUUACCUAGAAAUAAGUUCUAUUGCCAUUCCAGAGAUAACUGCAUGCAUGAAUUAGACCAGCACACUCCUGGUAAGUUCUCAAAUGAGUAGCAUCCUGUGGUUUAAAAAUGCUUUUGAAUUUCAUCUCUAAAAAUGUCAAAGACACUUGGCAAAGCAGUAUUUCAGUUUCAGAUACAGUCUUAUAUCUGACUGCUACUUAAUGCAUAUUACAUUGAUUGAUAAAAAUGGUUGGUAUGUUUUAAACCUGUGUACUAGACAGAUCAAAAUUUAAAAGAUACUUUAGUAUUUCUGCAAUAACUUGUUUAAUCACUUUUGUAAACUUGUAUUAUGUUAUGUACCAUAAAUUUUUCCAGAGGGUUCAAGAGACAUAGUGUGUUUGAAGUUCAAUAACGAGAAUGAGGAAAAGAAAUUGUUCAAAGGGGAAAAGAGUAGUGGAUGCCCCAUAACAAAGGUAUUAUGCUAUUUAACAUUAUGUGCCAACAACAUUAUGUGCUCUGAAAUCUCUCUUUGGAAAAAGGCAGGUUUAAAAAUAAUUUCAAUGAAGGAUUUCCAGCAUCUUUUGAACUCUGGGUAAUCCAGGCCUACUUAUUUAUAGUCUGAACUCUAAAUGUGAAGGGUAACUUGAUAUUUAGCAACUAAUGAGCUCAUUAAUAUAAAUGAGAGGAGGGAAAAAGAUAUGUUUGGUUUGUUAAACACAGUAAAGAACAUUGCUGUUGAGCUGCAUUACUAAUUUAAUUUGUGUACAAUAUAGUAAUUUCUUUGCCUAAUAAAUGAUUAUUAACCCCUGAUGUUUUCUGAGAAAUAACUACAUAUUUAGCACAGGUAUUAAUGGUAAUACUAUCAGCAUUCUGAAAGACAUGCAAAUCACAUCAUUUAUGAAAUAGAGAGUAAGAUCUACAUAAAUAAGACUGUCAGUAAGUUCUGAUUGAGUGUAUAGCAAUGACACUUUGUAUCAGUGAAGAUUUCAACUGACAGUUACAAUAAUUUAUAAUCAAAAUAGGAAAACUGGCAUAUAGUUGGAGUUACAAAAAUAUGUAUUACCCAAUAUUGAUUUGAAAUCCAAAAUGAAAGCUGCAUUCACAAGCUGCUAUAGUAUUGCAAAGAACACAAUUGUGUGACCACUAGGUGUGGUCUAGAUAGCCACGGAAUUUUGGAGACCCAGCUGCCGGAUUGGAAAAGCACAC